AUGGCUGAAUCACUUCAAGUAGGAGUUCCAUGGGUUAUGUGUCAACAAAGCGAUGCUCCACAACCAAUGAUCAAUGCGUGCAAUGGAUUCUACUGUGAUUCAUUCACUCCAAAUAAUCCUAAUAGUCCCAAAAUCUGGACUGAGAAUUGGACUGGCUGGUUUAAGAGUUGGGGUGACAAAGAUCCACACAGAACCGCCGAGGAUGUUGCUUUUGCUGUAGCAAGAUUUUUCCAAAAUGGAGGCACACUUCAAAAUUAUUAUAUGUACCAUGGUGGCACUAAUUUUGGUCGCACAGCUGGUGGCCCCUACAUUACCACUUCAUAUGAUUAUGAUGCUCCUCUUGAUGAAUAUGGAAAUUUAAAUCAACCAAAAUGGGGGCACUUGAAACAAUUGCAUGCCAUUUUGAAGUCAAUGGAGAUGACUCUUACUCAUGGGAAUGUUUCUACCAUUGACUUCAACAAUUCUGUUUCGGCCACUAUAUAUGCAACCAAUGGAUCUUCAAGUUGUUUUUUGGGGAAUGCAAACAGUACCACCGAUGCUACAAUCAAUUUUCAAGGGAAUCAAUUUAUGGUUCCAGCUUGGUCUGUUACCAUCCUUCCAGAUUGUAAAAAUGAAGUAUACAAUACAGCAAAGGUGAAUACUCAAACUUCAGUGAUGUUAAAGGCAGCAAACAAAGCUGAGAAUGAAGGUGCAACUCUUAGUUGGUCGUGGAGGCCUGAGAUUCUUAAGGAUACUAUAUUUCAAAGAAAACGAUAUGUUUCUGCACACCAACUCAUUGAUCAAAAAGCUGCUACUAAUGACACUAGUGAUUAUUUGUGGUACAUUACAAGUGUGGAUAUUAAAGAAUAUGAUCCAAUUUGGAGUCUUGAAAUGUCCCUCAAAGUAAAUGGCAGCGGACAAAUCAUUCAUGCAUAUGUAAAUGGAAAAUAUAUUGGAUCUGAAUGGGCCAAGUAUGGAGUUUCUAAUUCUGUAUUUGAGCAAAAGGUGCAACUAAAUCCAGGAAGAAAUCAAAUUGCGUUGCUUAGUGUUACUGUCGGUCUAGCAAAUUAUGGGCCAAUGUUUGACAUGAUACAAACUGGCCUUCCUGGACCUGUUCAAUUGGUAGUACAAAAAGGAGAUGAGACAAUUAUUAAAGAUUUAUCUUCAUAUAAAUGGACUUACAAGGUUGGAUUGAAUGGGUUGGAAGAUAAGUUUUAUGAUUUGGAUUCAUACCAAGCUUCGAAAUGGCAAGCCCAACAAUUUCCUAUCAAUAGGAAUUUCACUUGGUACAAGGCCACAUUUAAAGCUCCUUUGGGCACAGAUCCAAUAGUUUUAGAUUUACAAGGAAUGGGUAAAGGUUUUGCUUGGGUUAAUGGCUUUAAUAUUGGGCGAUAUUGGCCAACCUAUCUUGCCGAUGAGGAUGGUUGUGAUGUUGAAGUUUGUGAUUAUCGUGGUACAUAUGGUAGCUCAAAAUGUUUAACCAAUUGUGGCCAAGCUACACAAAGAUGGUAUCAUGUUCCACGAUCAUUAAUUAAAGAUGAUGAGAAUACAUUGGUAUUGUUUGAGGAAUUUGGUGGUAACCCAUCAUUUGUCAAUUUUCAAACAAUCACAAUUGGAAGUGCGUGUGGCAAUGCAUAUGAGAGUAAUAAUACAUUGGAAUUGUCAUGCAAUGAACGUCCAAUUUCAUCAAUUAAAUUUGCUAGUUUUGGUACUCCACAAGGUACCUGUGGAUCGUUUCAAAAAGGUAGCUGUGAAGCAACAAAAGAUGCAUUGUCUAUCCUCCAAAAUGCAUGUGUUGGUAAGAACACUUGCUCAAUUGAGGUUUCUGAAGAGACAUUUGGAACAGUAGAUUGUGGUGGAGUCCCCAAAAGACUAGCUGUGGAGGCUGUGUGCUAAAUUUUUUAUUUAAGUUUUUAGUUUUAGGUCUUGGGUUUUCUCAGAAAAAAAAAAGGGUCUUGGGUCAUAAAUUAUGUGGUUUUGUUUGGUAGUUAGGGUUAGGGUGUUAUGGUUAGGGAGUUCAAUUUCCUCAUUUAGUACUGUUUACUUUGUUAAAUAAAUUAGUAAUUGAAAUCGUUUUUAUGUGUUA